AUGUCCACCGACAUCCCCUCACACCUCGACCCAACAACCUACCCACGCACCACGCAAGACCCAACCCUCAACAUCCACAUCUCCCUAACCUACAACUUCCUGGACGCCAGCGCCGCUCUGGCCCGAAUCUCGUCCCCCUCGGCCGGCGCAAACGUCCUCUUCCUCGGCACCACGCGCGACACCUUCGAAGACCGCCCCGUCUCGCAACUAAGCUAUACCGCGUACCCGCCGCUCGCGCUGAAGACGCUCGACAAGAUCGCGCACGACGCGGUCGAGAAAUAUAAGUUGACGGGGAUCGUGAUUGCGCAUCGUCUGGGCACGGUGCCGAUCUCUGAGGCGUCGAUCGUUGUUGCGGUUAGUGCGGGUCAUCGCGGGGCGGCGUGGAGGGCUGGCGAGGAGGUGUUGGAGCUGUGUAAGGAGAAGGCGGAGAUUUGGAAAAUGGAGGAGUUUGUGGAUGGGGAGAAGGAGUGGAGGGCGAAUCGGGAUAGAGACGCUGAGGGGAGGAAGGUUGGUGGUGAUGGGGAGUGA